AUGGAACGAUUCGAGAACUAUACAUAUGGCCGAGAAAUACUCGUUGAAUCAGAUCAUAAACCCCUUGAGAUCAUCACAAAGAAAAGUCUCACCAGCGCGCCAAAACGUCUACAAAGGAUGUUACUGCGCCUGCAGAGAUUCGAAUACCUUGUCUUAUACAAACCUGGAUCGGAAAUGUAUCUCGCUGAUACAUUGAGUAGAGCGUAUCUACCGUUGAAACAUAAUAGUGACCGAUCGCCGAAUGAGCAACUAUUUGAACAGGUCAACAUGGUACAAAACCUACCGAUAUCUCCCCAACGCUUGAAAAGACUACAGGACGGAACUGAGGAGGACGAAGCAAUGAACAUGCUAACUGCAACCAUCAGAAAAGGAUGGCCGGAUAGAAAGAAUGUAUUACCUCCGCAGGUACAAGUGUACUUUCCGUUCCGUGAAGAGCUCACAAUACAAAACGGGCUAAUAUUCAAGUCGGAUCGUGUUGUCAUACCGCAAAGCGAAAGGUUUCCUCUUAUCGAAACUGCUCAUCAAUCGCACAUUGGCUUGCAAGGAUGUCUCCGCAGACUGCGUGAAUGUCUCUAUUGGCCAAAUAUGAACAAAGAUGUUACUGAAUACAUUGCGCGAUGUGAAGUGUGCAAUACAUUCAACAAUAAUCAAUGUAAGGAAACACUACAGAGUCAUGAGAUCCCAUCGCGUCCCUGGGAACGUGUCGCAUGUGACAUAUUUGAAUUCAACCAGAAGUCGUAUCUAUCAACCGUUGACUAUUACUCUGACUACUUCGAAAUUGAUGGAUUACACAACAAAACAGCAAAGAAGAUAAUUCCGAAACUGAAACUGAACUUUGCACGACACGGCAUACCAGAUGUGCUAGUUUCGGAUAACGGUCCACCAUUCUCUAGCACAGAAUUUAAAGAUUUCGUUCAAAAGUACGAAAUGCAACACAUUACGAGUUCGCCCUUCCAUGCGCAAGCGAACGAAAAAGUGGAAAACUCAAUCAAGACUGCGAAAGGUCUUAUGAGGAAAGCAUUUGAGGACUCGAACGACCCGUAUUUGGCACUUCUAGAGUGGCGAAAUACACCGACUGAAGGAAUCGGACUAUCUCCGAAUCAGCGACUCUUCGGACGACGUACACAGUCUCUCCUACCGAUGUCGAACUCUCUCUUGACACCGUCCCUAACUUCACCUAAAAGGACCAUCUCAAAGGCUUUGAAGGAACGAAAGGAGAAACAAAGGAAAUAUUACGACAGAAACGCGAGAGACUUAAAACCACUUAAUGAGCAAGAUUCUGUUAGAAUUAAACCAAGUGGACGUGAAAAGAACUGGAAACUCGGUAAAGUUGUUAACAUUCUUCCCCAUCGUUCAUAUGAGGUUGAAACAAGUUACGGAACUAACAUCAGAAGGAACCGUAAAUUUUUGAAAAAAAACACAAGAACAAUUUCAACCAUUCAGUGA